GGUGGGCUCUGCUUCCCGGCGGGGUCCUGCGGAGUUGGCGGAGGUUCCUUAGGGUACUGGGGGACCGGUCUGCGUGGAAGCGGGUGGCGGGGAAGGAAGAACUCUGAGUAGGAAGCGGAGCCGGGGACCUGGGACCCGUCGCGACAAAGCCAGGCAAGUGAACCGGAGCAAACGACUUCCGAUCCAGUCCGCGCUGCUGCGGCUCCCGUUUGGAAUUUGAUUUGCAGCAUCUUCGAGCCUGUGCAACAGAAAACCGCGAAGCACGCCCAGCCCUCCCCCGGCACCCCGAUACGCACCCAUUCCCUCCCGGGGACACAGCUGGGCGCGUCCACACCCCCGCACCCCCCACACCAUGUUGUGCGGAAGGACUUCCACUCCCCGCCUGUGUCGUUGAUGUCAGACCCCAGGCCAGCCUCCGGGCGCUGCAGUUCUCCCGGCUAAUGCUAAUGCUGAGGCUGCGGCUCCGGCUCUAGCAAAGGCACCAGCCGCCGCGCCCGGCCCCAGCGCCUACCGUCUGCAUGUGCCCGCCGUAGCCGUCUGCCCAGCCCGCAGCCCGCGCUCCCCGGAGCGCUGGAGACCACCGCGGGGGGCCCCUUCUGCCCUGGGGAGAAGCGCUCUUGGAGAUAUUGAUUUCGGUGUUGGAUUUUUCCUGUGGAUCUAUCAAUUCACAAUUUGAAUUGGGAAGAAAGAAGGAAAACAUGACGUCUCCAGCCAAAUUCAAAAAGGAUAAGGAGAUCAUAGCAGAGUACGAUACUCAGGUCAAAGAGAUACGCGCUCAGCUCACAGAGCAGAUGAAAUGCCUGGACCAGCAGUGUGAGCUCCGCGUGCAGCUGUUGCAGGACCUCCAGGACUUCUUCCGCAAGAAGGCUGAGAUCGAGAUGGACUACUCCCGCAACCUGGAGAAGCUGGCCGAGCGCUUCCUGGCCAAGACGCGCAGCACCAAGGACCAGCAGUUCAAGAAGGAUCAGAAUGUUCUCUCUCCAGUCAACUGCUGGAACCUCCUCUUAAACCAAGUGAAGCGGGAGAGCAGGGACCACACCACCCUGAGUGACAUCUACCUGAAUAAUAUCAUUCCUCGAUUUGUCCAAGUCAGCGAGGACUCAGGAAGACUCUUUAAAAAGAGUAAAGAAGUCGGCCAGCAGCUCCAGGAUGAUCUGAUGAAGGUCCUGAAUGAGCUCUACUCGGUCAUGAAGACGUAUCACAUGUACAAUGCCGACAGCAUCAGUGCCCAGAGCAAGCUAAAGGAGGCGGAGAAACAGGAGGAGAAGCAAAUUGGAAAAUCGGUGAAGCAGGAGGACCGGCAGACGCCACGCUCCCCUGACUCCACGUCCAAUGUCCGCAUCGAGGAGAAGCAUGUCCGGAGGAGCUCAGUGAAGAAGAUCGAGAAGAUGAAGGAGAAGCGCCAAGCCAAGUACACAGAGAAUAAACUGAAGGCCAUUAAAGCCCGGAAUGAGUAUUUACUGGCUUUGGAGGCGACCAACGCAUCUGUCUUCAAGUACUACAUCCAUGACCUGUCUGACCUCAUUGAUCAGUGCUGUGACCUGGGCUACCACGCUAGCCUGAACCGGGCGCUGCGCACCUUCCUCUCCGCUGAGCUGAAUCUGGAGCAGUCAAAGCACGAGGGUCUAGAUGCCAUCGAGAAUGCUGUGGAAAACCUGGAUGCCACCAGUGACAAGCAGCGCCUCAUGGAGAUGUACAACAAUGUCUUCUGCCCACCUAUGAAGUUUGAGUUCCAGCCCCACAUGGGAGACAUGGCUUCCCAACUCUGUGCCCAGCAGCCUGUCCAGAGUGAGCUGGUUCAGAGGUGCCAACAACUGCAGUCUCGCUUGUCCACCCUGAAGAUUGAGAAUGAAGAGGUAAAGAAGACAAUGGAGGCCACUCUGCAGACCAUCCAGGACAUUGUGACUGUCGAGGAUUUUGAUGUGUCUGACUGCUUCCAGUACAGCAAUUCUAUGGAGUCCGUCAAGUCCACAGUCUCGGAGACCUUCAUGAGCAAGCCCAGCAUCGCCAAGAGGCGAGCCAACCAGCAAGAGACAGAGCAAUUCUAUUUCACGAAAAUGAAGGAGUACCUGGAGGGCAGGAACCUCAUCACCAAGCUGCAGGCCAAGCACGACCUUCUCCAGAAAACCCUGGGAGAAAGUCAGCGGACAGAUUGCAGUCUGGCCAGGCGUAGCUCGACUGUGAGGAAGCAGGAUUCCGGCCAGGCGAUUCCUCUGGUGGUAGAAAGCUGUAUCCGGUUUAUCAGCAGACACGGAUUACAGCAUGAAGGAAUUUUCCGGGUGUCAGGAUCCCAGGUGGAAGUGAAUGACAUCAAAAACGCCUUUGAGAGAGGAGAGGACCCCCUGGCUGGGGAUCAGAACGACCAUGACAUGGACUCCAUAGCCGGCGUCCUGAAGCUUCACUUCCGGGGACUGGAGCACCCCCUCUUCCCCAAGGACAUCUUCCAUGACCUGAUGGCCUGCGUCACAAUGGACAACCUGCAAGAGAGAGCUCUGCACAUCCGGAAGGUCCUCCUGGUCCUGCCCAAAACCACUCUGAUUAUCAUGAGAUACCUCUUUGCCUUCCUCAAUCAUCUAUCACAGUUCAGUGAAGAGAACAUGAUGGACCCCUACAACCUCGCCAUCUGCUUCGGGCCCUCGCUGAUGUCAGUGCCUGAGGGCCACGACCAGGUGUCCUGCCAAGCACAUGUGAAUGAGCUGAUCAAAACCAUCAUCAUCCAACACGAGAACAUCUUCCCGAACCCCAGGGAGCUGGAGGGGCCCGUCUACAGCAGAGGAGGAAGCACAGAGGAUUACUGUGACGGCCCUCACGGAGAGACUACCUCGGCUGACGACUCUGCUCAGGACGUGACCGCAGAGCACCACGCCAGUGAUGAUGAGUGUGAGCCCAUUGAGGCCAUUGCCAAGUUUGACUACGUGGGCCGGACAGCCCGAGAGCUGUCCUUCAAGAAGGGGGCCUCCCUGCUGCUCUACCAGCGGGCUUCUGACGACUGGUGGGAAGGCCGGCAUAAUGGCAUCGACGGACUCAUCCCCCACCAGUACAUCGUGGUCCAAGACACCGAGGACGGUGUCGUGGAGAGGUCCAGCCCCAAGUCCGAGAUUGAGGUCAUUUCUGAGCCACCUGAAGAAAAGGUGACAGCCAGAGCGGGGGCCAGCUGUCCCAGUGGGGGUCAUGUAGCCGAUAUUUAUCUUGCAAACAUCAACAACACUUUACAUCUUGAGAACUCAAAGCCCACAGCCACCAAGCAAAGGAAGAGGCCAGAAUCCGGGAGCAUCCGGAAAACAUUUCGGAGCGACAGCCAUGGGCUGAGCAGUGCCCUGACUGACUCUGCCUCCCCGGGGGUGGCGGCUAGUUGCCGCCCAUCGUCCCAGCCUAUCAUGAGCCAGAGCCUCCCCAAGGAAGGACCAGAUAAGUGUUCCGUCAGUGGGCAUGGGAGCCUCAAUUCCAUCAGCCGCCACUCAUCCCUGAAGAAUCGACUGGACAGUCCACAGAUCCGGAAGACGGUGACAGCAGGGAGGUCAAAAAGCUUCAAUAACCACCGGCCCAUGGACCCUGAGGUCAUUGCACAGGACAUUGAGGCAACUAUGAACUCGGCCCUGAACGAGCUGCGGGAGCUGGAGCGGCAGAGCAGCGUCAAGCACACGCCCGACGUCGUUCUGGACACCUUGGAGCCCCUCAAGACCUCCCCCGUGGUGGCCCCCACGUCGGAGCCCUCCAGCCCCCUGCACACCCAGCUCCUCAAGGACCCCGAGCCUGCCUUCCAGCGCAGUGCCAGCACUGCUGGGGACAUCGCCUGCACCUUCCGGCCCGUCAAGUCUGUCAAGAUGGCCGCCCCCGUCAAGCCGCCGGCCACACGACCCAAGCCCACCGUUUUCCCCAAGACAAAUGCCACGAGCCCGGGUGUCAGCUCAUCCGCCGCCCCACAGUCCACUGACAAGUCUUGUACUGUCUGAGGGAUAUAAUUUAAUUGUUCUAGACAAGGGGACUAGAGGAACUGACUGUUAUUAAAAUCUCCCUAUUUAACUAGCUUGGGGACUUCAGUUGAAAAUUAGAUUCUAAGUUGUUCCUGCAGGAAUUAGCCUUCCCAUCACCCAAAACCUUGAGAAUGAAGCCCUCAGUAUCACCCUGCCCUGCCCCCCCUGCCCCCCCUGCCCCCUGCCUUCUGCUUCCCUGUUGUAAUCAGCCAGCUGUUUUUAGGUUAGCCGUAGAGUUUUCCUUUAUCAGGUCACUGUGAAAUCUGGCAAGGCAAGCCAUUAGGACACAGGGGAUGCCUGACCAGCUCUCAGUGGCAUCUUGUUUUGGGUACUGAUUGUAGAGAAUCACAUAUAGUCCAUUCAUCAUUUUACACACACAGGCGCGUGCACACAGGCGUGCACACAAGUAGGGUUUUCUAGUCUCUGCUAUAUGUGUAGCCUCUUGUUCCCCCGACCAGUCUCUAAGUUACUGUGGCAGUUCACGCAGGAGCCACCAGGGGUCUCUGUUUCCAUUACAAACCUGUCUGGGCCAGGGAACCCAGCCUUUGCAAUCUGGGCAUCGUGUGACAUUGAGCAGGUCGGGACUCCAUCCUGCAGCCUGUCUGGGGUCAGGGGCUUUCUCUCUGUCUUCCCUCUAUUGGUGUGACGUGGUCACUGGGGUUUGCUUUUGCGUUUCUCCGUCCUCUAGAACUACAACCCAACCUUCGUGUGGAACUUCCAAAGUUUUUCUGGAUGUGUAGGUGUUUCUUGGGUUCCAUCUUGUCUCCGAUGCACCAUUUUCCAUUUAAGACGUUUUCCUUUAUAAGACAGUCUUAUAGCUGGUUCCUUGUAGAGUAAAAAGUCUUAAGAGAGUUUUGUUGUGUUUAUGGCAGGUUUGGAAAAGGUAAGAAAUGGGCCCAUCUAACUCACAUGUUUUUGGGCACAUAAGACAUAAAAUCCAUUAGCCUAUUAAAAAAUUCAGUUCAGCUUUGCUAACCCCAAAACUGACCCCAAAUGAAAACUUACAUCAAGUUCACCCCCACCCCAGUUUGAUUAUCCUGCAAGCUCUCUCUUCAGGGACCAACAGGGGCCUCUGAGAGCCCUACAUCAAAGAGAGACGUUACUGCUUAAAACUUGUGUUCUCUUAGCCAGAUGCGGACAACGAGGAGAAAUUCGGUCCCACGGGCUCUAGAGUCUUAGUGCGAGGCCAGACUCUAAGAAAAUAAGAAAUUGGAUGCUGAAUACUUCGGCCUUCCUUUGCCCUUUUUUCUGACUCCCUUCCAAACUGCAAAAAUGACAGCUGCAUCUGCUUGUCUGGUCUCAGGCCUGGUGCCCACAGCCGGGGCAGCGACACCACAGCCUCACAAGUCUCAGCCAGCUGCUUGGGUUGCAGCUGAGACUCCUCCCUCUCCCAUUUUCUGGUUUUAAAAGCUGCUCUGUUAGCCUUAUCAUUUCUAUAAUUUAGGAGAAAUGGUGGGUCGCCGCUCAGAAAGGAAAAUCUGAAUUUUCUUACCUUUAGCCUGAAAAAUCCUUUUGGGACCCCCAUUCUGAAGUUGGUGGUUGGCUCUACAGAAAGUGGUAGGACUUUCCUUUGUCUCUGUAACAGAGGAGAUGAGCUCUGUGGGAAAACCACUCGUUAGAAGGACGACCUGCAACACCCAGGGGCCAGGCCAAGAGCAAGAAGGGAGACGUGCUUCCGCGCAGGAGUCAGCCUGUGGGAGGAACCCACAGUCCUCUGGGCCUUUGGCUUUUUUUGCUCCACAGUGCGGCGUGUUCUUGUCCAUCACCUGGGCUUACGCAGGUCUCGAGCCAACAGGGGUUUUCAUACCCAAGGAUCUGCUUCCUUGCUGAGAAUGGACCCCCACCCUUCACUUCACAUUCCUUUCAAUCUCACUGAUCAGAAUUGGUACCCGUCCCCACCCUUUAUCCCUCCGCCAUUACACUCCAUGCCAAGAGCAGCCAAGCUUUUGUGGUGGCGUGCUUUGGGCCUCUCCUGUGUCCCUGCCUUAUUUCUCUCCUAGCCCUGUUCGUGACUUACGUUCCCGUCCCCUUGGUCAGUGUCCAUCUGCUGAUUUGCAUCACGAACUGGACAGUGUGUGACUGGUCACCUGCUACCACCAGCUCUGGGAGCUGAGUCGUCUUCCCCUCCCUGGUGCUCCUGACACCUGUGAGAUGGUCCUGUCGAGAAGACCAGGAACCCACAGAAGGAGAGUCCUUCUCGGCAGAGCUCAUUGCAAUCAACUGGAAUCGAGGUUGCACACUGUGAUUUUUACACCGAAAAGCCAAAAGGAGCUGGCCACCCAGGGCCUAGGGAGACCAGUCUUCCUCAGAUAGGCCUGCCUACGCCAGCCUGGUGCUUCAGAGACCCCCGCUUUACCCCUUGAGGCAUGGAUCCUUUUCCCGGUGUGGACUCUGAUGGCUCUGUCUUUGGGGAACAGCAGUGGGGCGGGGCUACCAGCAUCCCAAUUUGGAAAAGAGAGGAGUUUGCAGCCAGCGGCCUGUAAACUGGAAGCACUGGUCUCAGCCACCCUCCUCAGGGCGCCCUGGUUUCUCCCCAAGGAUGGGAGCAGAGAACACCAGCAAGAGCAUGGACAGACCACUGGAGGGGCUGGUGUGUGUGCACUUCACAUUGCAAAGAAAGUUCGAGCCUCCAGAAUUGCAAUGUUGUGGCGUCUGACUUGUAUGUCACAUUUGUGUAAAAUGGCAUAUUCUUUAAAAUAGUGUUGAUAACUGGAAUAUUGUAUGUAUGCUUGGAGAUGCUUUGUGUGAACCUAAGACUGUCACUCAACAGAUGUUGGAUUGAGGAAAAUCCAAAGCACAACUUCGAAAUAAAAUACGUUUUUAGGUUUCGGUG